CGGAUGUUUCCCCAUCUUUAUACUUUCUUCGCUACGCACAGUCUACGACGCUACGUCUGCUGACUUCACCCUGAUUUCUCUGCGGGAGCUGGGCCUGUGUAUAGAGAGUUAACGUUACCGUUACACUUCAAAAAUACUAUAGCCAUGGCUGGGAAAGUUGUGCUGCACUACUUCAAUGGGAGAGGGAAAAUGGAGUCAAUCCGUUGGCUUUUGACGGUUGCAGAGGUCGAGUUUGAUGAGAUCUAUCUGACAACUCGUGAGCAGUAUGAAAAACUCCUGAGUGAUGGAGCUCUCAUGUUUCAACAGGUUCCUAUGGUGGAAAUCGAUGGCAUGAAGCUUGUUCAGACAAAAGCAAUCUUGAACUACAUUGCAGAGAAGUACAAUCUUCAUGGAAAAGAUCUCAAAGACCGUGUCAUGAUCAACAUGUAUUCAGAGGGAAUAUUUGACCUCAUGGAAAUGAUAAUGAUGUUGCCCUUCAAAGCAGAUGCAAAACUGGAACCCAUUAAAAGUAAAGCAAAGGACCGCUACCUUCCUGUGUUUGAAAAGGCGCUGUCUGGGCCCAUAUACCUGGUGGGAGGUAAGCUAAGCUGUGCAGACGUGCAGCUGCUUGAAUGCACCCUGAUGUUGGAGGAGAAAUUUCCUGAAAUCCUUGCAGAGUUUCCCAACGUCAAGGCUUUCCAGGGUAGGAUGACCCAGAUUCCUGCCAUCAGCAGGUUCCUGCAGCCAGGCAGCAAGAGAAAGCCACAGCCAGAUGAAACAUAUGUGAAGACCAUCAUGGAGGUGUUCAAAAUCAAGAUUCCAUUGUGAUAAACUCUGUACAUUCCUCACAUAGGAAGUGGGAGUUAUUCAUUAUGCAAACACAGCAUGUACAACAUGUGGAUCAAUUAUAUUUGCUGGUUUGUGUUGAGGCAUUAUUCAUCAAAAAGCAUGUCAUGAAUCUAUGUAAUCUUUCAUAACAUCACAUAGGUGUUUUCAAUGUGAAGGUUCUACUAAAUAAAUGUUUCACUUUUGACGA